AGCAGCAGGCCCCGCCCCGGGCCUCCCGGCGCGCUGACCUUCAGGCCGGGGCGGCGGCGCGAUGUUCGUCCAGGAGGACAAGAUCUUCGCGGGCAGGGUCCUGCGGCUGCACAUCUGCGCGGCCGACGGCGCCGAGUGGCUGGAGGAGGCGGCCGAGGACAUGUCGGUGGAGCGGCUCAAGGAGCGCUGCCUCAAACACUGUGCUCCGGGGAGCCUGGAGGACCCCAAGAACGUCGCCCACCACAAGCUGAUCCAUGCCGCCUCCGAGAGGGUGCUGAGCGACACCAAGACCGUCUCGGAGGAGAACAUCCGGGACAGAGAUGUGCUGCUGUUCAUCAGAAGACGCAGUCCAGCCCCGCUCCCCAAGAUGGCUGACGUUUCGGCCGAGGAGAAGAAGAAGCAGGAGCAGAAGGCUCCCGACAAAGAUGCCAUACUCCGAGCGACAGCCAAGUUGCCCUCGUGCGGUGCCGACCGGGCGGCAGCCCAGAGCAGCCCACGAGACUUUCAGACGGAGCUGCGGAAGAUCCUGGUGUCUCUCAUCGAGGUGGCACGGAAGCUGCUGGCACUGAGCCCGGACGCCGUGGAGCUCUUCAAGAAGGCCAACGCCAUGCUGGAUGAGGACGAGGAGGAGCGCCUGGACGAGACAGCCCUGCGGCAGCUCACGGAGAUGGGCUUCCCCGAGAGCCGAGCCUCCAAGGCCCUCCGGCUGAACCACAUGUCGGUGCCUCAGGCCAUGGAGUGGCUGAUUGAGCAUGCCGAGGACCCCACUGUGGACGCACCUCUCCCUGGCCGUGCCUCGCCGGGAGCCGAGGCUGCUGCGGGGGCAAGCGCGGGGGAAGAGGAGGCCCGGGAUGAGCUCACAGACAUCUUCAAGAAGAUUCGGAGGAAACGGGAGUUUCGGGCAGAUGCUCGGGCUGUCGUGGCCCUCAUGGAGAUGGGCUUCGACGAGAAGGAGGUGCUGGACGCUCUGCGUGUGAACAACAACCAGCAGGGCGCCGCGUGCGAGUGGCUGCUGGGAGACCGGAAGCCAUCCCCUGAGGAGCUGGAUCAGGGCAUCGACCCGGAGAGCCCCCUCUUUCAGGCCAUCUUGGACAACCCCGUGGUGCAGUUGGGUCUGACCAACCCCAAGACGUUGCUGGCUUUCGAAGACAUGCUGGAGAACCCGCUCAACAGCACCCAGUGGAUGAACGACCCCGAGACCGGCCCCGUCAUGCUGCACAUCUCCAGGGUCUUCCAGACGCUGAACCGCACGUAGGCGGCGCCCGGCUGCCAGCGCCCCCAGCCGCCCCCUGCACCAGACGGCAGCCAGACAGCUCACUUGGCUAGAGCACUCCCUGUGGGCGCUUCUUUAAUAAAUGAACCCUGUUUUCCUAA